AGAUACUACGUAAGCAAACCAGCAACAAGGAAGUAAAGAAACACUCGCACGGAGAACUACAGUCGGUAGUUAAAUGUUUCGGUUGUGGCACGGCGCUAAAACUAGAGGGAAGCUGUUGGUUUUACCCCGUAGAAACAUGUCGGUGGCGUCGUCUCAGGACGGUGCGGCGGACGGUAAAAACAGCGUCAGCAGGUCGAUUCACUCGGACACCGUCGAGGAGGUUCACAACGUCCCGAUGCACGUCAUCAUCAGACCGAUUCCUCCGGUACUGGACGAGCUGAAAGUUCAGAGUCUGAUGAACUCAAUAAAGGAGACAGCAGACAUCAGUGUUGUUCCUCCCAUUGAUGUGCUCUGGAUCAAAGGCAGAGAGGGGGGAAAUUACUACUACUCUUUUGGAGGCUGUCACAGGUUUGCUGCGUAUCAGAGGUUGAACAUGCCGACCAUCCCAGCCAAGCUCAUCAGAUCAAACAUCUCAGACCUCAGCACUUAUUUGGGGGCUUCAACGCCUGAUCUGCGGUGACCCCUGAGCAGCUUGGCUCAGGUGACUCAAACAGAGUUUUGACUGCUGGUGACUGCAGAGCAAAGGAUGUACCAGUAGGGGGAAACGUAACUCUUUAGUUAAACACAUGACAUUUUACAUGUGAAACCACUGAAAUGUAAUUUAAAGGGGGUGUGUGUGUGUAUGUUUGUAAAUUUUGUAAGUUAUAUAUUUUUACCAAGUGAAUGUCUGUUAUUUAAUAGGUUUUACCUUCAAACACCAGUUGUGCUUGCACAUAAAAAGUUAUUUAAAUGGUCGUUUUCCCGCAGUUAUUUUCUUGUUCGUUUCGACUUGUUAUAGUAGGAAAAGCACAUGUGUCACUAAUCACAUUAGUAUCUGUUGUUUUCAAGUGUCCCAUUAAGCCAUGACAGUGUGACAGUGAGCCAGCAUGCACAAUAUGUUGUUGCAUUCAGGCCAUGUCGGCAGAAUUGGAAGAACAGGAAAAAGUCCCAUUAUUCCGACUUGGGAGUGUUCACGCAUUAUUCCAAGAUGGUAGCCUUGAAGUUGCACCAUAUAAACCGUCUAAACGGGUUACUUUUUCUGUAUAAUGGAAAUAUAGGCCCUUUUAAACUAGUUGAAUUGACUGUCAAUAUUGAAUGUCAGUAUUAAGAUGUAACUGUGGUUUUUGUAGCUUUUUGUUGAAACUUUCUGUAGCUCUUUUCACUAAGUGGGAGAUAUUGUUGCUGUCAGAAUUUCCUGAUAAUUACAGCGCUGAGUCACAGACACUGUGUAGUUUUUCCAACUCAGCUCCUAUUUACUAUAUAAUGCACUAUAUUUACCGUCUGCCAUUUUAUUUGAGUGUCCGAAUUCUGCGUGUGUAAAUGUAUACACCGUAUAUUGCCCAAAAAUAGUGCCCAUGACAUUACCAUACUUCCUGCUAACAAUCGAUAAAAAUACAAGUUGUCUCACAUUCAGGUUAUUUUAAUCUGAUAUUAUCAUAAGGUUUCUGUAGUCUUUUUUUUGUGGCACUAGUGUUAAUUUUAGAAAUCAACUGCUUUGUUUGCAGCAGCAGGAUAUGAGCAGGAAAUGUGCGUUAUUUCAAUAACUAAAUGAACAACAUGCCUGUAACUACUUAUACUUAAGUAGGACUGUACCAAAUGUUGCAACAAAGUACAGUAUUUAAUUUUUUAUCAAAACUUUAUGAAGUCCCAUGCACAGGCAACUUGAUCGUGAUGUUUUAGACAACACAAGAAGACGAGGUAACAGAAAGGAGCCUGUAGACCAGAUGGUUUGUAGAAGGAGUCAGGUGUUGAUGAGAACAUCAGGCUGACAACGUCUCGUGCCAAAAUGCAAAAUGUUGUCGAGUCGUGCUGAGUCUGCCCCUUCUUCCCGUCAUCAGUCUUUCUUACUCGUCGUCUCUGAGAAGGAUCCCUCUUGUAACCUUCCAGAUUGUGUUUUGCCAAAGAAAGAGGAUGAAUGAGAAGCACAGUCCAGGUCAGUUCGUAUGAAAACCAAACCUAAACCAAAGCCUUUUCUCACUUCCUUGAAGUGCCAUCAGAUAAAAUAAUUUUACAAAUUUGUGUAAAAAUUAAUGGCUGACUCAAUGCGAGCUCCGAGCUGCUUGAUGGUCUCCCUUUGUGGCUAUCGAGGAAAUGAAAGGAGACCUGGGGCAGCUUUUACCGACCGGCCCUAAAGGACUCUAAAUUUCUCCUCUGAAUCGUCGCGUGUGAGAAGACUUCCUGUGGCUCGCUCACUGUCUGGGAGUAACCAUAUCCUCAAAGGGUUUUUGACACGCAACACCGGUAUGAAAAAAGUUUUUUGCACCUGUUGCUUCGGGGAGCGUUUUUUCCAUGGGUGGUUCUGUAUGCUUUAUCUUUGAGGAUUUAAACAGAUCAAGGGGAUUUAGGGGGGUAAGAAGAGGAAGUGUUUUUCACAAAUGGAUUGGGUCCAUGUCACUUCUCAUAUACUUUUUUGCCGUUUGCUGUUGUAUUGCUCAGUGAUGACUUAACAAAUUAACUUGUGUCGACUAAUUUAUGUUUAGUUCAUGAGAUUUGGUGACGCCUUUUGAUGCCCUAAGCAGGGUUUGAUUCUCUCUGUUCAGCAUAGUUUCUCUCCUGCAAUAUCACUACAAAAAAAAGAUAUUACCAACAUAAAUACAGGAAAUUGAACACAUGAAUCUAAGGACACUAUUGCUAUAACCAAAAACAAUAUGACUAAUGAUGGAAGAAUACAAAACAGAGCUGAGCUGAUUUUUUUUUUUAUGUUCAAAAAGUUAAAAUGGUUUUGACAUUUUGUUUGACUUUUUUCAUGUUAUUUUGAGGGCCCUCUGGUUGGCUGCGAGGCUCUAAGCAGCAACUUAGUUUGUGCAUGAUGUGAACAAGAUAUUAUAUGUAGAUUUUUUUAAUCAGAAGUACUGAAGCUAAGAGACAUGGCUAACCUUCAAUGUAAAAGGAUUGUUCAAAAUAAAAUGAGACUGGAACUUGGA